GGCAGCGGCCCCGGCCCGCCCCGCCCGGGCCUCGCCUCUCGGAUCCGCCGGUCCCGUCCCCACGGCCGCUUCCCCUCAGCGCCCGGGGCUCGGCACAGGCCGCCGGGCCCCGGCUGUGUGUGCCCAGCCCGGCCCCAGCCAUGGGCUUGGCGGACCUGCACAGCGCGGCCGCCAGCGCGGACCUGGCCCGGCUGCGGCAGCACUGGUGGCUGAACAAGCACCGCAUCAAUGGCUACAACCGGGACAGGCUGACUCCUCUGCAUCUUGCUUGCAUAAAUGGCCAUGCAGAUGUUGUUCAGUUUCUGGUAGAAAAUAAGUGCAAGCUAAACCCUUGUGACAAAUUGGAUAAAUCACCACUAAUGAAGGCAGUAGAGUACCAGCACAGGGACUGUGCAGCUAUUCUGCUGGAACAUGGUGCCAACCAUGACCACAGAAGCAUAAAUGGUAACACCGCCCUUCACUUUGCUGUCAUGGUUUCCAGCAAAUCUCUAGUAGAGCUGUUACUUGAGCAUGGUGCAGAUAUUGAUGCUAAGAAUAAAUGGGGAUACACUCCGCUUGCUCUUGCAAUCACUGAAAACCGUGAAGAAAUGGUCAAGUUCCUUCUUCAAAAAGGAGCUGACGUGAAUGCUCAAGAUAAAGUUUAUAGGACCCCUCUUACAAUUGCUACUCUUACUGGGAAUAAGAAAGUAAUACAACUUCUUCGUCAACAUGGUGCUGUUUUUCAUGAGUCAGACAAGGGACUGAAUCCACGUCAACCUUUCACCAAAAUGGUUCAAGAUGAUGUUAUUGCUAAUGAAAGAAUUGGGAGCUCCUGCUAUGAGGCAACUCAUGUCAUUCACUUGGAAACACCUACACUGGCACAGUCAUGUCAUGUGCCAAAAGAAGAAGCAGCAGAAAAGAAGGACAAUGGCCCAGCUGCAGACCGAAAUAAAGUGUCUGUGCGCUCUAUUAGAGUGCAGCCCUACAGAGGAGACUACAAAGAAGAAGGAGCAGAGAAGAAGGAAGACAAAUGCUCCCUCUGCAAUCCUGAGACUGAUCCUAAAGGUCGAGGGAAAGUGCGGGCCCGUGAGCGGCAUCCUGCUGCAACCAGCACCAGGUCGUGUGCGCGCUCUGCUGCAGCAGAGCGUGGCAAAGGUGUCUUGCCAGCCGCAGCAUCGGUAGGAGCUGCGAAGGAAGAUGGUGAUUCCUCCUGGGGUUCUGAGCUUCUCAGUGAUGUUAGAGACAAAGCGAUUAACCCUGUGCACCGUUCUGCUGGAAAACACAGUAGAGUGGGUGUGCGCUCUCUUGCUGAGAAGCAUGGCAAAGGGGUCUUGAAACCAGCAGGAGGAGCGAUGAAAAAGGAAGGCACUGGUUCUCCCAGGGAUUCUGAGGUGAAGACUCACCGGUGUUCCCAACAGACUGAUCCUAAAGGUCGAGGGAAAGUGCGGGCCCGUGAGCGGCAUCCUGCUGCAACCAGCACCAGGUCGUGUGCGCGCUCUGCUGCAGCAGAGCGUGGCAAAGGUGUCUUGCCAGCCGCAGCAUCAGUAGGAACUGCAAAGGAAGAUGGUGAUUCCUCCUGGGGUUCUGAGCCUUUUUCUGCAGUUGUAGAAGAAGUGUUUGCCAGCGGGCAGCGUCCUGCUGCAGGCCACAGAGGAGGGGCCGUGCGCUCUGCUGCAGCGCAGUGCAGCAAAGGGGUCUUGCAACCAACAGGAAGAUCAAGAAAAUAUGAUAAUUCUUGGGAUUCUGAGACCGAUUCUGAAGGUGAAGAGAAAGUGUUGGCUGCUGUCCAGCUUCCUGCUGCAAACAGCAACAAGUUGGAUGCACACUCUGCUGUAGUGGAAUGUUGCAAAGGGGUCUUGAAACAAUUACGGAGAGAAGUGAAAACGGAAGACAGAAUCUUGCAGCCAGCAGAGGGGGAAGCAAAACAGGAAUACAAUGAUUUUCCCUGGGAUUCUGAGACUGAUUCUGAAGGUCAAAGGAAAGUGUCGGCCAAUGUGCAGCUUCCUGCUGCAUGCCAAAACAGAAUGGGUGUGAGCUCUGCUGCAGUGGGGCGUGGCAAAGCUGCAAGAGCAGAACAGAAGGAACAUUUUAUGUCCUCUUCUGAGAAUAAGCUUCCUACAUUACAGGGAGAAGAUCUUCAGCUAAAGGUUGAUUCUUCAACUCAAACAAAUUCUGAGCAGGACAAACAGCCAUUGGCGAGGCAGAAGCUUGACAAAAUUCUCAAAAAGGACUCCCUGGAAGGAGCUCCUCUUGGAACUGUGAAGAUCAACAGCAGGAAAGAACAGAAACUGCUGUUGGAGAAACUGGAGAGGUGUAAAACUAAGCUCAAGGACCUGAAAAAGUCUCUUAACAAGAAUGAAUAUUAUGCUGACUCAGGGAAGAAUGCCCAAAAGGAGAAGGUAAUAACAAUUUUGAGGAACGUGCAAGGCAUCCUGGUUGAUUCUUUUGAUUCUUCAGCUGCAGCUAUCCCCCAGCUGGAAGAACGCAUUCAACGGCUCCAAAUGCAAAUGGCAAGGCUGGAAGCCACAAUCCAGCAGCAAGCCAAGACUAUUGAAGUCUUUGAGACAAUCCAGCAAACUCUUACCCCAGACCCUUCUGUGGACACCAGUCUUUGGCACCGUGAUUUUCCACACACUAUCAAAAACUGUUUUGGAGUGAAGUGUGCAAAGGAUUAGGUAUAUGUCCACAUGUGGAGUGAUGAAACACUUAAGGAAAAGGGGAAAGGACCAUUCCAAGAUCUCCUGGCUACCCACAUGGCUGUGAAAACUGUUGGCUGAGACUCCUGGGUUGACUACACCUGGAAAAAGCCAGCCCCAAACUGGGAAACACUUCACUGGGCUGUUCAGCAGACAGCAAAUCCUUUACAGAUAAGAUUGAAAUGAAAUAUUUAAUAAAUUAUACUUGGGAUUAUGUGAA